AUGAAGACCAAGCUGCUUAUCUGUGACGUAUAUGCAGGGGGCCUAGGUCCAUCCUGUGCUCACUCUUUGGUUGAUGAUCCAGUCUCUGGGAGUCCUCAGAGGUCCAAGCAAAGACAACAAGACGAAAAUGAGGAGGACAACCAUCAUCCCCCUUGUUCGAAGAGUAUUAAGAAGGACCAAGCCUUACAGAACCCUCUUGGUAUAGAGUCAACAAGCAGUGACAUUGGGUGUAACCAAAUCAAUGUCAACAACCUCAAUCGUGAGAGAGUGCCAGAAAAUAGCUUGAGCCAGAGCACUGUUGAACUGAACUACAAUAUCCUUGACUUCUCCCAAGAGAAGGGCAAUGAAGAGUGCCAAGUCGAAGAUACUUACUCGCACAUUAACAACAUCUUGAGGGAGGCUCAUUUUUACAGUCUGCAUCAAAGAAGACACACUUAG